AUCGACGUCACGCAAUGUUGCUCCGUCCCCACUUGCUCAUCUUGAGUAUCAUCCCCCGUUCACGUCCGCAUGCAUGAGGGCUUAAAGCAGCCGCAUCAUAUCGACCCGUUCUCGACAAACCAUUACCGAACAGAUACAUCUGUCAAUCUGGACAUCCGACUUCCCCACGAUGAUGCGGCGCGCCGGUGUUGCAGCGGUUCUGUGUGGGGAGCUGUCCGCGUGUUCGCACGCUUUCUUCGUGAGGCACGAUCGCCACAUCACCGCAGGCACGGGCAGCGACGAAUCGGUGCUCGACCAGGGAGCAGCAGACGAAAACACAGCGGGGAAAUUUCUGUCGAGUCACCACAGCAGCCAGUACUUCAUCGCCGACCUCGAUGAUGACCGCAUGAUGCUUGUGACCGACCUUGGGGAGGGCUCUGCGCUGGACAGUCACGAGGGGAUAAUCGCAGACGAGGUGAGCUUAACGUUGUCACCCAGAGCUCGCCAGAAUGCCCAUGCUGCACAAUUCGAGGCAGAGUUCAAGAUUCAUUUGAACAUGACCCAGGCCCACGCCACAGGCAUGCCCAUGGGGCUAGAGCUCUCAUUCGAUACCGACUAUCAGCCCGUGUCGGUCAGCAAGGUCAAGAAACACGGCCUUGUGGAGGAGUGGAACACGGCGAACCCUGGCAACGAUGUACACGUGGGCGACGAGAUCGUUCAGGUCAACAGCGUCCAGUGGCACCACAACACCCCUGAUUUCGUCAAGCGCAUCAGCGGCCAGUUCAAGGCCGGACGCAAGUUGACGGCUGGGGCGAAUGAGUUGUUGACUCUCUACAUCCAGAGGCCGAAGCAACAUAGUCACAAGCGCUUCCCGGGGCAGCGGGAGGACGCCCAUCACAAAGCUUACCCCGUUGAGUUCGAUGCCAAGCUUACCGUUCUCCCGUUGGGGCUGCCCACGAGCGCCUCGGAGAACGAGGUCAUGGGCUGGGAGUUGUACGCCAAGAACGACUGGGACCCGGUGUCGAUCGGCAACCUCACGAGCGGCGGCGCCAUCGCCGCCUACAACAGCGCCAACCCAGACCGCGCCAUCAUGGCCGGGGACGAGAUCGUCAAGGUCAAUGAGGUCGCUUGGCACCACAGCGCCAAGAUCUUCCGGCAGCGCAUCGCGCAGAAGUGCACGAUCUUCCGCAGGCAGGCGUCGGGGUCCGAGCCGCUGGUCCUCUCCAUUCGCCGGCCAGCUGCGGUCCACCAGGCAGCGGAGGCGGCGAAGGAUGCCUCACUGGCUGCGGCCCAGGGCCGCGUCGACCCAGCCCAAAGUUCUGCUGCGCCCGAGCCGGCGCUGAAGAGCAGCGGGCCGUCGGAAGAGCGAGUCCGAACUCUCGCCGAGUCCCUCCAGGCGGCAACCGACAGGGUCCGGGCCCUGAGUGCAGAGCGCAGCGAGGUCGUCCAGCAGCUCUCCCAGCUCGUGCGCAGGAAGGCGAACAUCUCGGCCGAGCUGGCCGUCGCGGAGGAGGCCCAGGAGGAUCGGCUGGAGGCCGAGCGCGACGAGGCCCUGCGGAAGGCGGCGCCCUCGGAGCAGCCAGGGGGCGCCCCCGGAGCGGGCAGCGGGGCGGUGGCCUCGGCGCUGCCGACGCAGACGCCCCCGGGCGCCUCGGAGGAGGACGGCAGGUCGGCGCCCCCCGGGAGUGCCAACAACGGCGGCGCGAUCGGCGCCUCGGAAGGUGACGAACAGCCCGAUGCCCCCGAGAGCGGCGACGACGUGAUCGGCGCCUCGGAGGAUGGCGACGAGUAGGCGCCCAGGUGGGGCGGUGCCCCGGGCUUCACAUCUCCCGUCCCACCUCCAGAGAGUAAGAAAGCAGGCGGCACGCGGAGGCGGCCUCUUGUCCCCCCCCCCUCCGCUUACUGCAAGUUCGGUUGUUGCAUCGACUCUUGAAUCUCCUGCCUCCUAGCUGCGGCCCGAUGUUGGCCCUUUCUUCAUUUGAGGUUCGGGUUGACCCUGUAGGGCAAUCCACAGGUUUCAACGCAGCACUUCUUUAAUCUGAUUGCCGCCGCCUCGCGCCUUUUCGUGGCCUCCUCCGCCGGUCGGCUUCUGGCAUGGGCCAGCUGCCGCGGGAAGCGUGUAGAUCGCUCGCCGUCCGUGGUCCAGGGGACCCGCGAGCCACCGGAGAACUCCUGAGGGGCAACAACAAAAAUGUUCUCUCAUGUUUGUUAUCGCUGUCGCCUUUUCGGGCCUCCGACGCU